AUGAAUCAUCAGAAUCAAACUGAUCCCAAUAGUAAUCUCAGCUAUCUUGAUGAUACUUACUUGAUUUAUCAGAUAUUACCUGAUGGUGAUAUGAAUUUUGGUCAUGUGAUCUUUGAUGAUGCGUUUGGGUUGUUUGCAAAUUUGAAACAGUUUCGAGCUACACGUUACAGCUCACCAAAGAAAAAUCAUGUGCUUGUAUUUCGAUCAUGCUCACAGUUUCCUGGUAAUUUAAGUUCAUUGUGCCAAAAAUUUACUGAAGGUAUCUUUCCUGUCAUAACAUCUCAUCAAGUUCAAUCAAUCAGUUCGUUAUUCAAUUCAUCAGUGAAUUCGAAUCGCAUUUGUUUUCGAGAGUUAGUUGCUGGACAUGGUUCUACGGGUGCCGUCGGUUGGGGUCCAAAUAACUUCAAUCGAGCUGAAGUCUUCUCUGAGUUUCGAUCGAAACUUCUUGUAGCUCAUGGAAUCAAUCCAAACGCAACUCCUCAACAACAUCAUAUUAUGCUUGUGAAUAAAACUGGCAGACGUAGAUUUAACAAUAUGAAUGAAAUCUAUAGCAAGAUAUUGACUACUCCUCGUUAUUCUGAUAUUAAAGUUACGAUUGUGAAUGAUUUUAAAAAUGUGUCGAUUACUCAACAAUUAGCAUUAUUUCAGACAGUCACUGUGGCUAUAUCUCCUUGUGGUGGUAUAUCUCUGUUGUUUUUUGUACUUCCUCGACAUUCUACAUUGAUUGUCUCAAGCUAUCCUCAGUUGUCGAAGGAUGUUUAUACGCCAGGUCGAAUGGAAGCCCAAGUAUGGGACUUUCAAUCUCAUUUACAUGUAAUUCAUUAUCCAGUGAAUGCUUCUGAUGACUUUACAUUAUCAUCAGAAUUUAAAAACACGGAUUGGGCUGCUCUUCGUAAUCAUGCCAAUAUUAAUCUGAAAGUUGAUAAACUAUUUCCUCUUAUCGAUCAAGCAAUAUUAACAGCGGCACGGAAAAGAAUUUAA